AUGUGCAUUGAAGAAGAUACUAAUGAAGUGAAGGGCGAAGACCCAGGGAUAACUUUAUUGAAGAGAAAUAUCAAAGCUCUCCAGGCUGAAAAUUUACAAAUUAAGGAAGAAAUUAGCAGUGUUAAAACGCUUGUAGAGAAUGGGCAAAAAGAGAUGAGAGAAAGCUUUGAAAAACUUUCCCUAGCCAUUUCUGCUAGGUGCAACGAUAAACAAUAG